UGCGCGCUUCCAACUCCUUCACUCAAACUCAAUGUACGUAUGUAUAUAUACAGUCGGCGAUGUAUAAUUUCACCCUCACAAUCAAUCUGCGGGAUCAAACUGUUACGGAGAGAGUGGGGCUGCUCAUAUUUGCGGAAUUGGAGCUGAUCGGAGAGCGUGAAAAUGUUUGCAGCAGCGUCAACUACAUCCGCUGUCCAAUUCCAAUUCCAAUUCCGAGAAGGAGGAGGGCGACAACAUAGCACCACCGUCCGUAGAAAAAAACAUAAUCAUUCACUGGUGUCGAGCAGUUUGAAACUACCGGACAGUUUGCCUUCUAUUUUGAGGCAUCCGGAUGAGCUUUAUCCAAUGUUGAGGUUAAAGCUGGCGUUGAAGGUUUCAGAGAAGCAGAUUCCUGCAGAGCUGCCGCACUGGCGAUUCUGUUACUCUGAGUUGAAUAAAAUUGAUGGCUCACUCUUCGCAAUUCAGCAGUUUGAUAAGGAUAUUCGUGACCCUUUGUGCGUUUAUGCUAUGGUUCUUCGAGCACUAGACACCAUUGAGGAUGAUUCAACUAUACCAGCAGAGGAUAAAGUGCCCCUUCUACAAACUUUCCAUCACCACAUACGCAAUGGAAAUUUGCAUUUCUUGAAUGGCACAAAAGACUACCAAGUUCUACUGGAGAAGUUCCAUAACGUCACCACUGCUUUCCUGGAGCUCGAUUGCAGAUUUCAGGAGGUAAUUGAAGACAUGGUCAUGAGAAUUGGUGUAGGAAUGGCAAAAUUUGUUGGCAAAGAGGUCAACACGAUAGAUGAUUACGACGAAUAUUGUCACUAUAUUACUGGACUUUCUAUGGUAGGAAUGUUGAAGAUAUAUAGUGUCAAUAGUGGAAAAGAUCUGGCUCCAGACAAACUCUUGUACUCAAUGUGCUUAUUUUUUCAGAAAGCAGAUUUCAUCAAAGAUUUUCUGGACGAUAUAAAUGAGAUGCCAAAGCCUCGUAUAUUCUGGCCCCGUCAAAUUUGGGGUAAAUACGUCGACAAACUGGAGGACUUGAAAGACGAAGAUAAUUCGGCUAAGGCACUGCUUUGCCUCAAUGAAAUGGUCACAAAUGCUUUAACACACGUGGAGGAUAGCUUAAAGGGUUUGUCUACUUUGCCAGAUCCAACUAUCUUCCGCGCUAUCGCCAUUAUUUUGGUGAUCGACUUUGGGACAUUAGUUGCUUGCUACAAUAACAUUCAAGUAUUUCAAAGUGGUGUGAGACUAAGACCAGGUCUUGCGGCCAAAAUCUUCUACAAAAUAAGAACAAUGUUUGAUGUUUGCGAGGCUAUACACGAUUUCUCUUUUACACUAGAAUCAAAGAUCCGCGACAACAAUCCUAAUGAUAAAGUGACAAGGAACCUCAUAGACACUAUCAAGAAAUUCUGCAACAAAAAUUCCGGAACUUCAAACCAAAGGAAAUCUUACAUUAUUUAAAGCAACCUCGGUUUUAGAUGUGUGCUUUUCCAUCGAAGAUUCAGUUCAUCUAGAAGAAUGUAUUAAAGCACAAUAUAUGCUUUCGUAAAGGUUCCCAUCCUCUUCAUUAUAUUGAUUAGAUUCCGAGUGAUUGAAGUAUUGGUUGUAUCGUAUUUAAAAUCAAUUAAUGUUGUUCUUUAGAAGAAAUUGGAGGAAAAAAUCGAUCUAUUAAAUUCG